AUGAGCAGAAUAGAGGUCACAUACCUUCUUUCACAGUAUCCACAUCAGAAUCUCAGGCCUCACUAUCAGCGUUAUAUUUCCCACUGUGUUGACGUUCGACCCGAUGGUCAUUGUGGCUUCAGGGCGUUAGCUGCGCAACUUUAUGGUUCUGAAGAUCAAUGGGCUCAAGUACGACAUGACCUUAUCCAAGAGAUUGAACAAAAUCGGGCCCUGUACGAUCAGCUUUAUCCAGAACGUAAUUAUGUAUCCCAUGUUCUACGAAGACUUCAUUGCUUUCGGCCAUCGGCACCAGAGGAUCAUUGGAUGGAUUCUAUAUCAUUGGGACUUGUCAUAGCAUCAACGUACAACGUUGUACUGCAUACAUUCGAUAUGACUGCUUCGAGUUGUUUCACUCACUUGCCAUUGAGCUCCCAUCCAGUUCCAUUCGCAACGCGCACACAUAUAGCUAUUGGUUGUAUUAAUGACAAUCACUUCGCGCAAAUUUUCUUAUACCGUCAUUAUCCUAUACCACCCAUCAUCAUAUGGUGGAGGCCAAAUGCAUCAAAUGAAGCACACGGAUGGGCUCAUCCUUAUGAAACACGCCUCCAAUUGUGGUACGAAGUAAUGCAGAUAGAUCCGUCGGGACGACGACCACAAUUUGGCGGAAAUAUUGACUAA